CAAAAUUCAAAAUAACCGAGAAGUCCGUCACUUUCCUUCAUUUUUACGAAUUUUGAGCAAACAUGGUUUUAAGAAAAUUUUUGUACUGCUGGCCUCUGAAAUAUGGCGUUGUUACAGUGGGCAUUGCCUUUGGACUAGCGGACUUCAUCGUGGGCAGCAUUGGGUGGGAUAUGGUUAUCUCAAACAAAUAUCCGAACUACGUGGUCGAGUUCUUUAGAACCAUGGACACCCAAAUCUGCGUGGCCGGAUUUGCAACCCUGUUCUGGCUCAUGAUGCUCGACCACUUUCUUCUGAUCUACGCCGUGUUUUACAACAAACUUCUGAUUAUCGGAACCUGGCUGUUGAUAAACUACAUGGUAUUUUUGUUCACCCUCGUCACCGUGCUGUUGGAUGGCUUGCUGAUCCUCAGAAUAAUUGCCCUCGGAUACUGCUUGAUCGUGGUGAAGUCCUAUUAUAGUGAGUUGACUACGGGUGUGGACGUAGAUUCCGAGUCCAGCGAAGGAGCCAUUAGUAAUGACAACGAAUCGAAUCCCUAAAUCGUGAAAAUUAAUUAAUUAGAGUAGCAAUAAAUUCGUUUGUGGAAGUAAAA